AUGGCAGCGUGUUAUUUUGUGUCGUCUCCGGACCCACGUAAAUACGUUAUCGACUCGCCGGGCCAGCAGCCCCAAUACGGGAUCAAAUUUGGUGAUCAGGCAGACGAUGUGACCAGGAUCAACGCUUAUCGCACCUGCAACCCUUCUUGCAACUACAUGCAAGCAAAUGUCAUCAUAAACUACAGCAACCGAUCAGGUACUUUGCGAAAUUUCGCCCAGGUUCCCAAUACCAACGAGUGCAUAGAAAAUGCUCAAGCUGCUAUGAAGUCCAUCGUACAGUUGUACGCCGGCUCAAUCGGCUACAAGCUCAUGGAGAACCGGGCAGUCGAGACACUUCCCUUCCAGGUCCGGAACGCCAAGACCGGAACGUCAACCGAGAUUCGCCGGCUUGUCACUCGCGUUCUGGAGACCAACAACCAAGCACUGUCUCAGGCCAACCAGGAGAAUUUGGCCCUCGCCACCGACCUAAACUGGAUAUUCAACAACGUCUGGGAUGUACUGAGGGAUGAUGGGAUUGCCUACCUGGUCCGCUUCUGUGACGAGAGUGCUGCUCGUUUGUUUUUCAACUAUAUGGUCCAGACUACAUGA